GCAGCUUGAGUCAUAUUUUAUUACUUUAUUAACCAAUAAUUACCAUGACUGCUACUUUAGAAAGACGCGAAAGCGCAAGCCUAUGGGGUCGUUUCUCUGACUUUAUUACCAGCACCGAAAACCGUCUUUACAUCGGAUGGUUCGGCGUAUUGAUGGUACCUCUUCUUCUAACUGCAACUUCUGUAUUCAUCAUUGGUUUCAUCGCAGCUCCUCCAGUAGAUAUCGAUGGUAUCCGUGAGCCUGUUUCUGGUUCUCUUCUAUACGGAAACAACAUCAUUUCUGGUGCUAUCGUUCCUACUUCUGCAGCAAUCGGUAUGCACUUCUACCCUAUCUGGGAAGCUGCUUCCGUUGAUGAAUGGUUAUACAAUGGUGGUCCUUACCAACUAAUCGUUCUUCACUUCCUUUUAGGUGUAGCUUCUUACAUGGGUCGUGAAUGGGAACUUAGCUUCCGUCUAGGUAUGCGUCCUUGGAUCGCUGUUGCAUACUCUGCUCCUGUUGCAGCUGCUACCGCAGUAUUCCUAAUCUACCCAAUCGGACAAGGAAGUUUCUCUGACGGUAUGCCUUUAGGUAUCUCUGGUACUUUCAACUUCAUGAUCGUAUUCCAAGCUGAGCACAACAUCCUUAUGCACCCAUUCCAUAUGCUAGGUGUGGCUGGUGUUUUCGGCGGCUCUCUAUUCAGUGCAAUGCAUGGUUCCUUGGUUACCUCCAGCUUGAUCCGUGAAACCACCGAAAACGAAUCUGCUAACGCUGGUUACAAGUUUGGUCAAGAAGUAGAAACUUACAACAUUGUUGCAGCUCACGGCUACUUUGGACGUCUAAUCUUCCAAUAUGCUAGUUUCAACAACUCUCGUUCUCUACACUUCUUCUUGGCUGCUUGGCCUGUAGUAGGUAUUUGGUUUACUGCUUUAGGUAUCAGUACUAUGGCAUUCAACCUAAACGGUUUCAACUUCAACCAAUCCGUAGUUGAUAGCCAAGGUCGUGUAAUCAACACUUGGGCUGAUAUCAUCAACCGUGCUAACCUAGGUAUGGAAGUUAUGCACGAGCGUAACGCUCACAACUUCCCUCUAGACUUAGCAUCUGUUGAAGCUCCUUUCGUUGGCUAAACAAUCUUGUUUUAGAGGCAAGCUGCAUAUAUAACAACUGUGCGCAGGAAUCCUGCGCACGGUUGUAGUUUGCUAUAUUUUCUCUUUUUUGUAUGUUGUAUGGCGAACAAAUUGAUCAGAAUGUC